UUAGAGUAAUGUUCCUUCUUGGCAUCGCUUUUUCCUUUUUAUUACAAGGUUUCGUUUCAAUUGACUUGUUCCAUGUUUCUAAAAAAGUAUUGCAACCAGUUUUUACUCAAUUCCUGAUGGACUAGAUGUCAGAAAUCUCAUACAGGAUAGAUAUUUCCUCUCAAAAUGCCAGCUUCUCAACAAAAUGAAAAAAUACCAUUUUUGCCCUUAGUAUUGAGGGAUUUUCCGACAUCCUUAGCAUUGAAGGCUGAAAAAGAGCUGAAUGAAACCAGUGGAAACAAAAAAACAUGUCUGAAGAAAUUGAAGGAGCUAAUUGCAGCUGAAUCCAAAACGUAUUGCACGGAUGACGAUUUUUUAAUAAUGUUUCUGCGAGUGAGGAAAUAUAACGUGAAGAGGGCUUUCCAGACACUAAAGAAUUACUCUAGUGUCCGCAGAGCGCAGAAAAAUCACUUCGAAUCCAUAGAAUUCGAAAAAGUGAAAAAGAUGCUGGACUCUGGAGUCGUUGGAUUGUUGCCAAACCGCGACCGAGAAGGAAGAGCCAUCAUGUUUUUUGAUGCAAGUAAAUUCUCUUCGGCCACCUGCAGUUACGAUGAUGUCAUGCCAGCGGUCCAUGCCAUCACCCAUUUUGCCCUGAGCUUUCCUGCCACUCAAGUGAAUGGCAUAUGCUUCCUCUCCAACUCAUCCAUUCCUUCCUUAGAAGUUUUCCAGCUAUUCUGCAUGUUUGCUAAGACAUUAGGCCCGACAGUGAAUGAUUUGCCAGCCAGAAUCAAGAGAAUUGAUUGCGUAAAUGUCAACAUCGUAUUCCGGUUGGCAUUCAGCAUAUUACAAACGCUAUUGCCUACAAAGAUUUUGCGAAGAGCUCAUUUACAUGGAGAUCAGAAAGACGCGCUCAUUAAGGUUUUUCCACCUGAAAUUUUACCUGAAGAGUUCGGGGGUAAGAUCAGCAGCUUGAGAGACACAUACAAAGACUGGAUAAAUGAUUUUGAGAAAUUCGUCCCAACUUUUAAGUCUACCUGCGCAUUUUAUCAAAAUUGACAAAAAAAAAACUGCAUCAUCUUCUAAAUGAAGGAAUGAUUCACUUCGGGCAUGCAUUUUAGUUUUCAAAUUCAUUUCAUUUCAAUUUCAUAAUUUCAAAAACUAUUUCGUAUUUUGCUGUUUAUGGCUGAAAAUGUUUUUUUGAGGAAUAA